AUGUGUCAACGUGAAAAAUCGCCGGCGCGUCGAAUUCGAGAGAUCGUUGAGAAAUUAUCGCCGAAGACACAUCGAGGACGAGCAGCGCUGAGCGCUAGCGUCGUCGUCGUCGAAGAAGCAUCGACGAUGCGCCGAGAGAUGACAGUUGAACAGCAGCAAAAUCGGAGAGUUUGCGGUCGUUCAGCUUCCGACUCGCAUCAGAAGUUCUUCAACAGAUCGCUGGCGACAAAAUGCCGACUUGCUGGCGACUUCCUUAUCAGUUUGGAUGGAUGUGAGGAUGAUGGAUGGGUUCGUUAG